CUCUGGAACCCGGAAGCGGGAGCGCGCGGGGGAGAGGCGGGCGCGGUGGGGCGGAGCGCCUGAAGAGCAGCGGGCUGGCGGCCGGGCGGGGACCUGGCCCGGGACCGGCGGCGCGCGGCGGCCGAGGCCCAGCUCCAGGACGCGCGCCCCGAGCCCGGGAGGCAUGCUGAGGCCAGGCUGCCGGCAGGAUGAGUGUGAAAGAGGCGGGCAGCUCCUGCCACCGGGGGCAGGUGGCCUACCACCUGCACAUCUACCCGCAGCUGGCCACCAGCGAGAGUCAGGCCCCGUGCCAGGCCUCGUGCCGCGUGACAGCCACCAAGGACAGCACCACGUCCGACGUCAUCCAGGACGCCAUCGCCAGCCUGCAGCUGGAUGGCAGCAAGCGCUACGUGCUGGUGGAGGUCAAGGAGACGGGCGGGGAGGAGUGGGUGCUGGACGCCAACGACUCGCCCGUGCACCGCGUACUGCUGUGGCCGCGGCGGGCGCAGGACGAGCACCCCCAGGAAGAUGGCUACUACUUCCUGCUGCAGGAGCGCAAUGCGGAUGGGACCAUCAAGUACGUGCACAUGCAGCUUGUGUCCCAGGCCACGGCCACCCGGCGCCUGGUGGAGCGUGGCCUCCUGCCCCGGCCGCAGGCGGACUUUGAUGACUUGUGCAACCUCCCUGAGCUGACCGAGGAGAACCUCCUGAAGAACCUCAAGCACCGCUUCCUGCAGCAGAAGAUCUACACGUACGCCGGGAGCAUCCUCGUGGCCGUCAACCCCUUCAAGUUCCUCCCCAUCUACAACCCCAAGUACGUGAAGAUGUACGAGAACCAGCAGCUGGGCAAGCUGGAGCCACACGUGUUCGCGCUGGCCGACGUCGCCUACUACGCCAUGCUCCGGAAGCACGUCAACCAGUGCAUCGUCAUCUCCGGCGAGAGUGGCUCCGGCAAGACGCAGAGCACUAACUUCCUGAUCCACUGCCUCACCGCCCUGAGCCAGAAGGGCUACGCCAGCGGCGUGGAGAGGACCAUCCUCGGCGCUGGCCCCGUGCUGGAGGCUUUCGGGAAUGCCAAAACCGCCCACAACAACAAUUCCAGCCGAUUUGGGAAAUUCAUCCAGGUCAACUACCUGGAGAGCGGCAUCGUCAGAGGAGCUGUUGUCGAAAAGUACCUGCUUGAAAAGUCUCGCCUGGUCUCUCAGGAGAAGGAUGAGAGGAACUACCACGUGUUUUAUUAUUUGUUACUUGGCGUCAGUGAGGAAGAGCGUGAGGAAUUUCAGCUCAAGCAGCCUGAAGAUUAUUUCUACCUCAACCAGCAUAACUUGAAGAUCGAAGAUGGGGAGGACCUCAAGCACGACUUUGAAAGACUCAAGCAGGCCAUGGAGAUGGUGGGCUUCCUCCCUGCCACGAAGAAGCAGAUUUUUUCCAUCCUCUCGGCCAUCCUGUACCUGGGCAACGUCACUUACAAGAAGAGAGCCACGGGCCGAGACGAAGGCCUGGAGGUUGGGCCCCCCGAGGCGCUGGACACACUGUCACAGCUCCUGAAGGUGAAACGAGAAAUCUUAGUGGAAGUUCUGACCAAAAGAAAAACGGUGACCUCCAACGACAAACUCAUCCUUCCCUAUAGUCUCAGCGAGGCCAUCACCGCCCGCGACUCCAUGGCCAAGUCUCUGUACAGCGCCCUGUUCGAUUGGAUCGUGUUGCGAAUCAACCACGCCCUCCUCAACAAGAAGGACAUGGAAGAGUCCGUCUCGUGCUUGUCCAUCGGGGUCCUUGACAUCUUCGGGUUUGAAGACUUUGAGAGGAACAGUUUUGAACAGUUCUGCAUCAACUAUGCCAACGAGCAGCUCCAGUAUUACUUCAACCAACACAUUUUCAAACUGGAGCAGGAGGAGUACCAGAGUGAAGGGAUCUCGUGGCACAACAUUGACUACACAGACAACGUUGGCUGCAUCCAUCUGAUCAGCAAGAAGCCCACCGGCCUCUUCUAUCUGCUGGACGAAGAGAGCAACUUUCCCCACGCCACGAGCCAGACCCUGCUGGCCAAGUUCAAACAGCAGCACGAGGACAACAGGUAUUUCCUCGGCACCCCAGUCAUGGAGCCGGCGUUCAUCAUUCAGCACUUCGCAGGGAAAGUGAAAUAUCAGAUCAAGGACUUCCGGGAGAAGAACAUGGACUACAUGCGGCCGGAUAUCGUGGCCCUCCUGCGGGGCAGCGACAGCUCCUACGUGCGGGAGCUCAUCGGCAUGGACCCCGUGGCCGUGUUCCGCUGGGCGGUGCUCCGGGCAGCCAUCCAGGCCAUGGCCGUCCUCCGGGAGGCCGGGCGCCUGAGGGCCGAGAGGGCUGAAAAGGCUGCAGCAGGUCUGGGCAGCUCUGGUGCCCGAGGUCAGCUGGGAGAGCUGCAGAGAGGAGCCAGCACCCCAUCGGAAAAACUAUACCGCUGCUCAAUGCUAGAUUUCUCAUUUGACGGCUCUGAGGAGUUCGAUAUUAACGCUUUUGAGGACAUCAUUGCUUUCUAUGAAAGCAAGAACGAUUUGCAUGACCAAAUCAUCAAGACCAUCAAAGGACUGCCCUGGCAGGGGGACGACCCCCGUAGGCUUCUCCAGUCCCUCAGUCGGCUCCAGAAACCCCGCACCUUCAUCCUGAAAAGUAAAGGUAUCAAACAAAAGCAGACCAUUCCAAAGAACCUGCUGGACUCCAAGUCCCUGAAACUUAUCAUCAGUAUGACCCUGCACGACCGCACCACCAAGUCCCUGCUGCAUCUCCACAAGAAGAAGAAGCCACCCAGCAUCAGCGCCCAGUUCCAGACGUCCCUUAACAAGCUCCUGGAGGCGCUGGGGAAAGCGGAGCCCUUCUUCAUCCGCUGCAUCCGCUCCAACGCAGAGAAGAAAGAGCUGUGUUUCGAUGAUGAGCUGGUGCUGCAACAGUUGCGCUACACAGGCAUGCUGGAGACCGUGCGGAUCCGGAGAUCAGGCUACAGUGCCAAGUAUACAUUCCAGGAUUUCACGGAGCAGUUCCAGGUGCUGCUGCCCAAGAACGCCCAGCCCUGCAGGGAGGUCAUCUCUGCCCUGCUGGAGAAGAUGGACAUAGACAAGAGAAGCUACCAGAUCGGCAAGACCAAGGUUUUCCUGAAGGAGACGGAGCGGCAGGCCCUACAGGAGACGCUGCACCGGGAGGUGGUGCGGAAGAUCCUGCUUCUGCAGAGCUGGUUCCGGAUGGUGCUGGAGCGCAGGCACUUCCUGCAGAUGAGGCGGGCGGCCGUCACCAUCCAGGCCUGCUGGCGGUCCUACCGCGUCCGCCGGGCCCUGGAGAGGACACAGGCGGCCGUGUACCUGCAGGCCACGUGGAGGGGCUACCGGCAGCGGGCAGCCUACCGGCGCCAGAGAUACAGCAUCAUCCGCCUGCAGAGCCUCUGCCGGGGACACCUGCAGCGGAAGAGCUUCAGCCGGAUGGUGGCAGAGAAGCAGAAGGCUGCAGAGAAGGAGAGGGAAGCCCAGCGAGCCGCAAAGGAGGAAACUGCAGAGGCCAGGCCAGGGCAGGCAGCUGGGCCAGAACCCACGCAGGGCCCAGAACCAUCCAAGGAUGGCGAGCAUUUGGAGCUGGAGCCCGAGGUGUGGCCCAGUGACGGGCCCCUGGUGGAGAGCUCCCAGCCGGAGAAGGAGGCCCCGAGCCCAGAGAAGGCGCCCCCACCCCUGAAAAACACAGCUGAAAGUCACGAGAAAGUGCCCAGCAGCCGGGAGAAGCGCGAGUCACGGCGGCAGAGGGGACUGGAGCACGUGAAGCUCCAGAACAAGCACAUCCAGUCCUUUAAGGAAGAGCACACGCUCAGAGAACCUUCCGGAAGGGCUAUCCCAGAGACAGAGGAGAUCCUCCCUGAAGAGAGAAAGGAGGGCAGAGAAGAUGAAACCCCACUGGACACAAGGACAGACACGGGGAUCCCUCCUCCUGCAAAGCAGCCCGAGGCGCCCCCGCAGGUCGUGCCGGGCAGCCCGGUCUCGGGAGAAGCCCAGGGCGGGAGCCCCAGGCCCGGCCACGUGGAUCGACCCACCAGCCUGGCCCUAGACAUCAGGGUCAGCGCACCAGCCCCCGGUGCCACCCCGGAGACCCCCAAGGACAAGGGCAAGCCGGCAGUCGGCCUGAAGGCCCAGGAGAAGCCCGAGAGCCCAGGAGGCUCCACCCAGAUUCAGCGGUACAGGGACCCGGACGCCGAGCGGCUGGCCAGCGCCGUGGAGCAAUGGCGGGGCAAGAAGCUGAUGGCCACCGGCUCCAGCACCAUGCUAAGCCAGUCCCUGGACCUCAGCGAGCGGCACCGGGCCGUGGGGGCUGCCCUCACGCCCACAGAGGAGAGGCGCAUUUCCUUAUCCACGAGCGACGUCUCCAAGCUCCUCUCGUCCCCGUCCCAGACCAAGAUUCAGCCUUCUGCCGAAAUGGACGGGGAGCCCAGUACGAAGAAGCUGGCCAUCCAGAAGAAGAAGUCAGGCGACGCAUCCUCGGUGACAGAUGCUGGGCUGUCCCCAGGCUCCGCCGAUUCUAAAUCCACGUUUAAGAGACUUUUCCUGCAUAAGAACAAGGAUAAGAAAUACACCCUGGAGGGCGUGGAGGAGACAGAGAACACAGUACCCGGGCAAGUCGUGCUGGAAGCCGCCACCAUGAAGAAGAAUCUGGAAGCCCCCUCCAGCCACCAGCACCGCCACGCCCCCGGCGAGAAGCACGCCAAGGAGCCGGGAGGCAAAGGGAAGAAGAACCGAAACCUCAAGAUCGGCAAAAUCACAGUGUCGGAGAAGUGGCGAGAGUCGGUGUUCCGCAAGAUCACCAAUGCCAACGAGCUCAAGUACCUGGAUGAGUUCCUGCUCAACAAGAUAAACGACCUGCGUUCCCAGAAGACCCCCAUCGAGAGCUUAUUCAUUGAAGCCACCGAGAAGUUCCGAAGCAACCUCAAGACCAUGUACUCCGUCCCCAACGGGAAGAUCCACGUCGGCUACAAGGACCUGAUGGAGAACUACCAGAUCGUCGUGAGCAACCUGGCCGCCGAGCGCGGCGAGGAGAAGGACACCAACCUGGUCCUCAACCUCUUCCAGUCACUGCUGGACGAGUUCACCCGCGGCCACACCAAGAACGACUUCGAGCCUCCCAAGAGCAAAGCUCAGAAGAAGAAGCGGAAGCAGGAUGGCGCGGUCCAGCAGCACAACGGGCACGUGUUCGCCAGCUACCAAGUGAGCAUCCCCCAGUCCUGCGAGCAGUGCCUCUCCUACAUCUGGCUCAUGGACAAGGCCCUGCUCUGCAGCGUGUGCAAGAUGACCUGUCACAAGAAGUGUGUGCACAAGAUUCAGACCUACUGCUCCUACACAAGCGGGAAAAAGAUCGAGCCAGGCACUGAGCCGGGCCACUUUGGCGUGUGCGUGGACAGCCUGACCAGCGACAAGGUCUCAGUGCCCAUCGUGCUGGAGAAGCUUCUGGAACACGUGGAGAUGCACGGCUUGUACACCGAGGGCCUCUACCGCAAGUCGGGUGCUGCCAACCGCACGAGGGAGCUCCGGCAGGCGCUGCAGACAGACCCCACAGCCGUCAAACUGGAGAACUUCCCCAUCCACGCCAUCACCGGGGUGCUCAAGCAGUGGCUGCGGGAGCUGCCCGAGCCUCUCAUGACCUUCGCCCAGUAUGGCGACUUCCUCCGUGCCGUCGAGCUGCCAGAGAAGCAGGAGCAGCUGGCCGCCAUCUACGCCGUCUUGGAGCACCUGCCCGAAGCCAACCACAACUCGCUGGAGCGGCUCAUCUUCCACCUGGUCAAGGUGGCCCUGCUUGAGGACGUGAACCGAAUGUCACCCAGCGCACUGGCCAUCAUCUUCGCACCCUGCCUCCUGCGCUGCCCCGACACCUCGGACCCACUGACCAGCAUGAAGGAUGUCCUCAAAAUCACCACGUGCGUGGAGAUGCUGAUCAAAGAACAGAUGAGGAAGUACAAAGUGAAGAUGGAGGAGAUCAACCAGCUGGAGGCUGCAGAGAGCAUUGCCUUCAGAAGGCUCUCUCUCCUGCGACAAAACGCUCCUUGGCCUCUCAAACUGGGGUUUUCAUCUCCCUAUGAGGGGGUCCUGAUCAAGAACCCCAAGACCCGGGUGGCCAGCAGCGGUGGCCUGGAGGAGCUGGGGGUGCUGCCGGAGGAGGAAGCGGCCGGUGGGGACGAGGAUCGCGAGAAGGAGAUUCUCAUCGAACGGAUCCAGUCCAUCAAGGAGGAGAAGGAGGACAUCACGUACCGGCUGCCAGAGCUGGAUCCUCGGGGCUCUGACGAGGAGAACCUGGACUCGGAGACAUCAGCCAGCACCGAGAGCCUGUUGGAAGAGCGGGCUGGGCGGGGGGCCUCGGAAGGGCCCCUCGCGCCUGCUCUCCCCUGCCCCGGCGCGCCCACCCCGAGCCCCCUCCCCGAGGCGGCCGCCCCUCCUCGACGAAGGCCGUCCUCCUUCAUGACGGUCAGAGUGAAGACCCCCCGGCGGACCCCCAUCAUGCCCACGGCCAACAUCAAGCUCCCGCCCGGCCUGCCCUCCUAUCUCCCUGGCCGGGCGCUGGGUGCCCAGGAAGCUGCCAACUCAGUGAGGCGCCGAGAGCCGCCUGCCCGCCGCCCGGACCAGGUACACUCUGUGUAUAUCACACCCGGCGCUCACCUGCCCACUCAGGGCCCUCAGGAGCCCCUGGACAAGGAGGACCGGCUGCCCGGGACUAAGCGGAGAUACUCGGACCCCCCAACCUACUGCCUGCCACCCCCCUCGGGCCAGGCCAAUGGCUGAGGGCCUACUGUUGCCAGAGUCCGCACGUCCGAGGACAGCCCCGUGCCCGAGCUGGGCACUGGAGCUCCAGAGCCAGCCUUCAGCGGUCUGAGAAGGAUCCGGAAUGCGAUGUGAGGUGGACACCAGCUCCAAGUGAGUCCCGGCAGGGAGAGGCUGGCUGAGGCCCGGCCACCCUUGCUGAGCCCCCACAUCGCACAGAGGUGCCCGCCCCGAGCACCGAAUCAUGGCAGGAAGCCUGGCAUCUCCCAACUCCCCUUUUGUACGUUUUUACAGUCACUGUUUCUUUGUACGUGGUUUACAUAACUUUAAACUGUAACAGCCUUAACAGAAGACCAAAUUGUUUUUUUAUGUGUGUAUGUACAAACUUUUAUAUUAACGCCCUGCAUCUCCCUUAUAACCUGGACAUGAGUCUUCAGAGCAAAGCCCACACAGCCGCCAAGCUUCAGAGGCUCAGACCCACAUGGAAGGAUGGCUAAGGGGCUUGUCUGAGGGCUAGGACCCUGCACGAGGGGUUUGGACUUGUAGGCACUGGCUGCCCCAAGUCUGUCUUGGACUUGUACUCUGGCCUGGCCAGUGGCCACCUAGCCAACGUGCAUUCAAGGGAACAGUGGAGCCUUCCGUGAUGAUCAAGACUGUUGGCUGGAGCCAGGACACGACGUGGUAGGUGGCCUCUGCUCCAGGCACCACAGACCUCAUGUCCCAGGGAGACUCGAAUGUGGCCAUCACCCCUCUGUCCACUGUGCCCUGGACACAGGAGGCUGGAGGCCAUCCUUGGCACUGCCCGCCCAAUGUGGCAGAGCAGGAGCCCGCAACUCAGGACCACUCACAGGUGGGGAGGGCAAGGCCUGGGGUUGUACGUCCUUAUAAAUCUACAGUGACAGCCUGGGCAUCUGGCAUCUCCAGAGCGGGGCUCCCCUCUUAUGCUCAGCCUACUCUCCAGACACCUGGACACAUGGCCCCAGGUCUGGGACAAGAGACAUCCACGGGCCAUGUGAAAUAAAGAAAAAGUGCCUGAGAA